AUGUCGCUCGAAGCAACCAUGAUCAUUGUCGACAAUAGCGAAAGCAGUCGAAACGGAGAUUAUACCUCGACACGAUGGCAAGCGCAGAUCGACGCCGUCAGCGUCAUCCAUACCGCCAAGAUGCGUGUACACCCUCAAUCGGCCGUCGGUCUCAUGAGCAUGGGCGGCAAGGGCCCCGAGGUUCUUUCGACGUUUACGACCGACUUUGGCGGAAUCCUAUCCGGUCUGCACCGCACGAAGAUCCACGGCACCGCCCACCUUAGCUCCAGUAUACAAGUUGCCGGGUUGGCCCUGAAACACCGCUCCGAGAAGUCGCAGCGUCAACGCAUUAUCGUGUUCUCAUGCUCGCCCAUUGAAGAAGACGAGAAGACGCUGGUGAAACUGGCGAAGAAGAUGAAGAAGAACAACGUAUCCAUCGACGUGAUCGCCUUCGGGGACCUGGAAUCCGACCAAACGAAGAAACUGGAGGCCUUCGUCGAGAACGUCAAGGGUGGCGAUGGAUCGCAUCUGGCCAUCAUCCCCCCCGGACCUAACCUGCUCAGCGAGGAGCUCCAGGUCACACCCAUCCUGGGUGCCGAUAACGCCGGGGCUGAGGGCGCGGCCGGUGAAGGCGGUGAUGCCGGUGGCUUUGGAUUUGAAGAUGCGGCCGAGAACGACCCCGAGCUGGCAUUCGCGCUGCGUUUGUCUUUGGAGGAGGAGAAGAACCGACAGGAGAAAGAGAAGAAGGAGCGCGAGGAGCAAGAACGGAAAGAGAACCUGGACAACAUCCCCGAGGAAGGCCAAUCGGGCGAAUCGAGCGGCAAAGACAAGAAAGAAGACGGCGAUAAGAUGGACACCGCGUAA